UUUUCUUAUUUUUUCCUAUAAUGUAUUCUAAAUCCCCACGCUGUUCUGGAGAGCAGGUAAUCCCAGCACUGAGAGAGAAGCGAUGAUUAACCCUUGCAGGGAAUGGGCGGGUUGGUUCUCGAGGAAAGAUGUAUUAAGGAAUUCUCAGUGUCAGAACGCUCAGUGAAUCAUCUGGACAGGUAACACACGGGGCUGGGCUCACACACAGCACUGAACUGGAAUAUGGUGAACAUGAGUCGUUUGCGCAAAAUCUGUUUUUAUAUUUUUCUCCUCACUCUGUGUAGUGUUAUCUACUGGAAGAGCUUAAUCUGCUUUCCGGGACAGCCCUCCGUCACUCCUUGGGGAGCCCCCAUCGUGUGGGAGGGAACAUUCAACGCUAAAGAGGUCGACCGCUUGCACUAUCAGAGGGGGACGGUGGUGGGGAUCUCUGUGUUUGCUGUUGGAAAGUAUUUGUCAAGGUACCUCAUUCCCUUCCUGAUAUCUGCCAACCGAUACUUCAUGCCAGGACUGGAAUGUGUCUUAUACGUGGUAACUGACAGCCCAUCUUCAAUGCCAGCUGUCUCCCUGAGACCCGGAAUGACUUUGGUCAUCCUAAAGUGCCCUGUGCGACCCCGCUGGCAGGACAUCUCUAUGAUGCGCAUGAAGGAUUUACAGGACUUUGUGUUCCCCCUCGCUAGAGACCAAGUGGACUAUCUGUUCUGCAUGGAUGUCGAUCAGGUCUUUGUCUCGCGUUAUGGCUCAGAGACCCUGGGAGACCUGGUAGCUCAACUUCAUUCAGGACACUACUUGCAAAAGAAAGAAGACUAUACAUACGAACAAGACCCUCGCUCCACUGCGUUCAUACCUCUUGAAAAGGGACAAUACUACUAUCACGCAUCAGUGUUUGGUGGGACCAUUCCCCGUCUCAUGAACCUUACAUCGUCCUGUCUCAGGGGAAUAUUGGAGGACAAGGAGAAAGAAGUGGAGGCUGUGUGGCAUGAUGAAAGUCAUCUCAAUAGGUACUUGGCUUUAGAAGAUCUGCCAUCUAAGGUUUUGUCACCAGAGUACUGUUGGGAUAGGCGAUUAUGGCUAAAAAGUCCCAAAAUGCGUUGGGCAACAAAGGAUUAUGAAAACAUGAGAGAGUGAUGAAACAGACGACAUGGACUAUCAUAGGAGAAAGUAGCAAUAUCACAUCUCAGAAUUCCACAGAGUGGAGUUAAGAGUGACUAAAUAUCUGGAUGACAGAAGCAGAGUAUUAUGUGCGAUUUGUACUGGGAAUAAGGGACUAGGGAGUCAGAGGCCUCCAAUUAGUGGGCAAAGAGCAGAGCAAAACCAAGAGGUUUCCAGAUCCAUGUUUGUGCUAGCGUGCGGACCUUUUCUGUGCACAGCAGUUUGAAACACAGCCAACAAACCGGGGACUGUCUGUGACAAGAAUGUUUGGGACGUGAUAACAAACUAGCCAACUCAGACAGAUCCACUUCAAGGCCAAAGAAAUGUUUGUUCAAAGAGAUCAUCCAUCAGGACUCUCAAUGGACCUACCUCCACAUGGCAGCUAUAUUUUAAUACACUGGGGUUGGUCGCUUGUGAUUGCUUUGAACCAGGACCGUAGUUCUUUUGA